UGGUAAAGUUACUUCCCUUUCUAUGUUUCCAAUGUAAAUAGAACAGCGCCGGCCUGACCCACGUGUUACUUGAUGAUGCAAUGACAACACGGCUUCAAACAUGGAGUCCACGGAGGCUUUGAUGUUUGUGUGCUGGCUGUUCGGAUCGCUGCUUGGUACCAGAUGUGACAAUAUUGAACUACAACAGCCAGAAUGUCGCUAUUCUAGCACUGGAUUUUCACAAAACAACACAAUACUUGUCAGAGGUGUGGCUAGAGUCCAGGACUAUUCAAAUGCCUCUAUACAAAUACUUAUCAACACGCACGCAAGCUUAAACGCGUCGCUGGUAAGUAGCUACUGUGUCAUGAGGUUGGACGAUUCCAAUGCUACAGCCACUGUAGGGGAUUGCUCUCUCCAUGUCAGUGAAGGAAACAAUGUAGUCACAUUUACUAUCACAUUGCCAAGUAGCCCAGGUGUGUGUCUGGGUAAAAUUGCUGCAAGAUUGAUAAACGAUAAAGAGCAUAAAGACUCAAAUGAACUGGAUCUAUCAGGAGUAUGCGAAACCAAUCAGAUCACAGCAGACAUGCUUAUCAAUGGACAAAACGUCAGUCAUGGAGGCUACCUAAAAGUCAACACUGACACUUUAAGUAUUCGGGCAAUAUGUCAGAGUCCACUCUCCCCCUGCAAGCUACAUCUUUCCUUCAACGACAGAACACAGAUACAAGAAGCAGAGAGUAUCUUACAGUAUGAAGUCACUUAUCCCAUGCCCAAGUCUACGUCUAUAACUCUGGCAGUGUACGUCUGCAAUAACAAUCAACCUUCCCAGAAGUAUACAUAUAAUGUCGCUGUUGACUUCACUAAAGACAAAGCUGGAAGUAUCGUUGUUGUCGUUAUUUGUUGUAUACUAGGGCCUAUCAUUUAUCCAAUGUCUCUGGUAGUCAUUUAUUUAAUACGUAAUGCCCUAUUUUAAGCUUCUAAUAUACAACUUCUAGCUGGGAGAUUUAUUAUUUAUUAAUUUCAUUGUAGAACUGUAAGUAUGAUUGUACGUGUGGAUGGCUUUACAUUUUAAAAGUUUUAAAUUAAAUUCCUUUAACUAUGUCAUUGUUUAGAACCUUAAAGUUUACAUGAUUUUUAAUUAUUUUAUUUAUUGUAUAUUGGAUUGUAUAUUUUCCCAAAGAUAUAUACAGUGUUUUUUUUUUCUGUAUUUUGAAAAGCGCAUAUCUAGUUCAUAAUUUCCAUUUCAAUCAAUUGAGUAUACUGCGAAAUAUUUGCAAUUAUACAAUUUUUGCUUUGUUUUUUUUUUCACGUGUUUUACGGUUCCAUUUUGCUAUGUAUUUUCUUUUCUUGAAAUUAACAUUUUGUAAAAAUCUUUGUUGAAGAUGAAAGCUCAAUACAAACACAUGUAAGAUAAUUUGUAAAAAAUGUAAUUAUUUGCCAUUACCCGUUUUGUUAUUGGGAAAGAUUUUAAACAACUGCAAAGCGUGAACCUGAAGCUCUUCACUUAAAGUCAUGUCUGAAGGUCCCACAAUAACAGCCAUCAUUGCUGUUUCCGGUCGUACCAUAUCUUCAUUGCACGACUUACGGAUCCGGCUAGCUAUCUACAGCGGAAUUUCUGUAAAAGGCUACCUGUGCCAGACUCCUGCUCUCUGAAAGGAGUCAAAAAAAAAAAAGAUGACAAAUAUAAAAUUCCAAAACUCGGCUGGUUUUGUAAUUAUUGAUAAAUAUUAGUAAAUAAAAGGCUGCAAAGUUGUGUAUUUUCUCACAAGAAACAGCUUUACGUUGAAACAUAUCACUGGCGUAAAUAUAAUUGUGGACUUCUAUGUUUGUUCUCUUCAGUUUAUGCUUUGUGAAAAAAAAAGCCUAUCUCUUUUGUCCACUGGAUGAUCAGUAAAAUUGCUCAUCCAACUUUUGCAUUAUGCGCAAGAUUACAAAAAUAUCACUGAUCUUAUGAAGCUUGCAAGAAAAGGUUUUAAAUGAAGUAAAUAUGCAAACACACGUUUCUGAUAUAUUUAUUAGUCAGUUUGUGUGUUCCAUCUAAAAGAAAUUAAGGAAAUAAUUUGAUUAACAGAAAAGAUAUUAAUGCAGUAAACCAAAUGGUGAAAGGCAGAACUUUUUUUACUUUUAGUCAAAAAGCCUACCAGGAGGUAAUGUCCUUAUUACCCUUUUUACAUUCUGCUGGACAGUUGACAAACUGCAUUGUCUUAGCGUAUUCCUUAGUAGAAAUACAGACAUAAUUACAAAGUGUAUGAUUUUAAAUACACAUAGCUUUAACCCACUUACAUUGGGUUGUAUUUAAACAUGCCCAAGCUCUAAAAAGUGUCAUAUCUAAUGAUCUCCCGUUAGAAUUUUAUUGAUAUAUUUAUAUUAUUUAUAAAAAAAAACGGGUGACGUAUUGUUGUUGUGUGUUUAUUUAUAAUUUGUGCAAACUUUGUUCCACGUGUGACUUGCAAAUAAAACUAGUAAAACUAUUUUAAUAGAGUAUCGUCUCUUUUGAAGUAACGUUUUUAAUCUGUAAGAUACGAUGUCUCAAGGCAGCAAAAGCGUUUUACUUGUAGUAGAAAUGUGUGUUCUUUGAAGCUUGCUUUUAGUGUUCGUAUAUAUCAACUAAAAAUAUUCUUAUGAAUUGAACAAAAUUGAAAAUAAACUUCAUCAUUUUUUAAGAUA